CCCCAUCUCCUUUUUGUCCCUGGUUCAACGGUCCCCGCUGCUGUGCAGCUCAUCUCCCUCCCUCCUUCACGCUGUGCACUCGCAUCGUUUGGCGUUGACCGCAUCCACUCUUUAGGCCGGCCCUCACUCGCAUACUUUUGACAGACUGCAAGACAGCGUCCUAACGUUCUUGAUUAAAAAAUGAAGUUCUCAACACUCUUUGUUCUCGCUCCUCUCCUGGCUGCCCAGGUGCAUGCCUUUGCAAUUCCGCAAGUGAACGCUCGUGCCGUUGCGGCCCCCGCCAGCAAGGGGAAGACUGUGACUGCGGCUGGUAAGGGCACUGGCAAGGGUGGCGCAAACAACGGCGCUGGUAAAGGCGCCGCGUCUUCGACGUCAGACGCCGCUGCCGCCAGCACUUCCGUAGCGUCGGACAAUGCUGGGUCAAACAAUGCGGCCGUCUGCGGCAAUGACCCACAGACGUCGCUCUGUCUGCUGGCUUCUCAGGUGCAGCCUGGGUUGGAGCAGGACGGCCAAGAGACCCCGGAGGCUGGCCAGGUACCGUCGUUGACAUCGUCGAACAACUUCAUCAACUUCUGCGCUACCAUGCCGAACGUUCCCUUGACGAACGGGCAGCAAAUUAAGACAGGCUCUUGCAACCCGACCCCUAUGGGUGCCAUUAUUAGCCAGGAUAACAUGCCCAGCUCCAAGUUCCAAUUUCCUAAGAACUUGGACGUUAUUCAAUCGAACACGGCCUUUACGAUCAGCAUGGCUAUCAACAACCUGGUGACCGGUAAUUUUGUCAGCGCGACGCAAAACUAUUUUGGCGCCCCUUCACAAGUAAAUAGCCAGGGCAUUCAAUUCGGUCACAGUCACGUCGUCAUCGAGGCGAUCGAUUCGAUUAGCAGCACCACAGUCACCAAACCCGCCGUGUUUGCCUUCUUCAAAGGUCUUAACGCUCCUGCUCAAAAUGGGAUACUGACUGCCGAGGUUACUGGUGGUCUCCCCGCCGGUACGUACAAGCUGUCGAGCAUAAACAGCGCAUCCAACCAUCAACCGGUGCUUGUUGCUGUUGCUCAGCACGGAGACCUUGACGAUACAGUCUACUUCACGGUGUCGGAUAAUCCGGGGGAUGUUACUGCCGGCAACGGGGCUACCGGUAAUGCUGGUGCGGGCAAUGGUGCCUCUGGCAACGCUGGCGCCGGUGCUUCUUCUUCCAGUGUCGACACCAACACGUCCACCAGCGCGGCCGCUGCAGCGGCGACUACGACGGUUGCUGCUGGCAAGGGUUCCAACAAUGCCAGCACGGGAAGCAAGGGUGCCAAGGGUGGGAACAACAACAAGAACACGACUACUUCCGCCGCUGCGACGACCACGACUGCCAAGUCGGGCGCUAAGACUCAGAUCGCCGCCGGAGGGAGCAAGAGCAGCAAGACAACUUCGUCCGCCGCUGAGAAGACCACAACUGCCGAGUCGAGCGCGAAGACUCAGAUCGCCGCCGGAGGGAGUAAGAGCAGCAAGACAACUUCGUCCGCCGCAGCGGCCGCGACGACGAAGAAGUCCUCAGCCGGGGGUGCGGCAGGGGGAAAGGGGCAGACGACGGUCGCUGAGCCACCCUGCCAGUAGAAUGAUUCGUUAGUUUGCAUUACACGAUCCUUUCUUUCCUGUCAUCUACAUACCCCAGUGCUGGUUCGCUUUGUCUUUU